AUGGCCCGUCUCUGUAGCACGUCUGUUUCCGCAGUUCUACUGCUGCUGGUUUCCAAUUCCGGAUGGACAGCAGGGAAAACUGAGCUUAGACAGACUUUCAGCGGACUGGCGCAGGCCGCGGAAUCCAACCCGGGAAACCAAUUCGGGGGAGCCUUUCUGAAUGGCGCCAGCGCCAUUGCCAAAGGUCUUGCGGGGAAUGCUGCAACAGACAACAUCCCUUCCAGCACUUCUGCGGGUGCCACUGAUAUUAUCAAAGAUGACUUGGGGCCGGACGUACUUCCCACUCCACCCGAAAACAACAACGUGGCUAACAAGGCCUCUCUGGGCGGUCUUGUAGGAGGCCCGGGCACUUCCCUCGGGGACGGUCUCAGCUGGAACUUCGGGUCGAAGGGUAUGAUCCAAAUGCUAACGGGCUUUUUCAUGACCUUCAUGUCCGGUUCUGCUAACCCCAACAGCGCCUUGAACGUGUAUGGCAGCGCCCUUAUGAGCCAGGACCCGGUGGAGAUCUCUGCUGCUUUUGGAAAGCUUCUGACGUCGUUGGAUAUGUCUUGUGCCUUCCAGAUGACAAGCGGUGGCGAUGGCGUGGAUAUGAAGUUCCGUGACGGGAAGGAGGCUUUGCACAUCCAGUUUGUACCCACCACCAAAGCGACUGUCUUCAAUUUCAAGGGCGAGUUCCCGAAAUCUCGCGCCUUUUCUUACGCAACUUACGCUGUGGCAAACCAGCAGGUGUCUUUUGUGGACAUGAUCUCCGACGUUGACAUGGUCGCCUCCACCGGCUCGAAUCCUUUCACUGCGGGCCCCGGCAAUACAGGUGCCUCGGGCUCCUACGACUUGUACGUGACUCCCGAUGGCAAGCAGGGCUUUCCUAACGAGAUCAAGACCUUCGCCGACGGCGAUGUCACUAACGAGCUUUCCGGCAUCAUCAUCGUCUACCGCGUCAUCAUGGCGGACGGAAUCAAGUCAGAUGGAUGGGGCGGCGUUCCUCCCCCCGCCCUCCGCGUUAAAGCCUUCAGUGUGCUGGCCACAGGGUUGUGGUUCAAUCUGGCCCCCUGCAACCCCAAGAACGAUAUCACAAUCGAAAAUUUCAUUGAGAACAGAUUGGCCUUGAAGGAAGGCAUGUCGGACGUCAAGGUCGAGUGUGACGUCUUCAACAUGGACAACAAUUUUGUCUACUACGACGACGCCCAGUACUUUAAGACCCCCGACGAGAACCACAUUAUCUCCUGCGGCAACCGCGCUCUCCUACCCCCCGGGGCCGACAUGAUCACCAUCAUCUCUGGAACCCUCCCCCCCGCUUCAGACUCCCGUUACGCCUCCAUCAGCUUGGUCAACCUGUACCCUCCAGGGAGGAACGUCUACUCCGUCUCGGACCAAUCUUUGCGAAAUUUUUACUGGGACCAGGGCAAGUCGGCCGUGAACUACACCAUCAUCAUGGCCAAGAACAAGCUUGCUCUCAACAAGUGCGGCCUCAGCAAAUUGCCCGCCAACUGGUAUCAGGUGUAUUGGGCCGGCUUUGCGGAUGCCCUCGAGGGUUCGUACCCGGGCAUUGUCUACCGCGAGAUGAUGACGGACGGCUACGAGCAGUCCUUGGAACAGGUUCGGUAUGCCUGUGAGGCAGAGAAGGACUGCUCCAACCCCAAAUUCUUCGAGCAGCAGAUGGGCGAUUACUACCCUCGCAUUUCCUACCUGUCCUGCAGCAGCUCAGGCCUGGCCCCGGCACCCAUCAAGAACGAGAACUUGACGUUCCCCGAGCCGCGACUGCCCCGACCGGCCUUUCAAGGCUUAUGGACGAGUUUGGCGGGCAAUGACUUGUUGGGGGUGGAGUCGAUUCCCCAGGCCUCGGUCACGAUGGCGGCGCUCCAGGGCUCGGACGUCUACGUGAACGGGAAGCUCGCGGGGAGGGCCACGGACAACGUGAAGGUGGUGAGCAAGCAGACGGCCUCCUUCGGCUGGUCCCCGAUCCAGUCCGUGUACUACGACCCCGAGAACCCCGUAACGGCCAACCCGGUGAUCAGGGAGUACAUGGACGCGGACGGGAACCCCGUCCAGCUCGAGCUGGUCCCCACCCCCGCCAAGUUCUUGCCGGACGAGGUGCUCUUCGCCGUGAAGGUGCCCAUCACGGGGGGGCUCAAGGCCUUCUUCGCCACCCACGACGUGUGCGGGACCAGCAGGUCGAGUGCGGCGGGGUGGAAGUGCAUCGCUACCACAUUCCCGGACGCGAACUGGACCUUGCCGUCCUUCGACGACUCCAAGUGGCUUCCGGCCAAGGCGCUGAAGAAGGGGGAGGCCUGCUCGGGCAUGCCCACGGAUUGCACUGCUCUUCCCCCCGACGCGCAGGGGAUAUGGGCCGACACCUGCACAGGAAGUGGGGGACCCAACCAGGGCAACGUCUACUGUCGCUUGCGGGUGCCGCAGACCUGCGACUUGACAGCGAGGGCGGGUUCCGACGACAGGGUCAAAACCUGGUGCCCCGACCUGGCCAAUGCGGUGGCGACGGCGCGCUUCGCCUCCCCGACCCUGCAUUGGCUUUACGCGAACGGGCUGGAGGUCGGGGGCGACCAGACGAUGGUGAUCCCGGCGGGCACCACGAGCUUUGCCUUGGACCCCGCCGCGCCCACCGUGGUCCUGGCUUUUAAGGCUGUGGAUGACACGCGCAAGGUGGUGAAGAGCUUCAUCAAGGGCCAGUUCAAUCUGUGCGGGUUCGAGCACGUGACGGACGCGUCGUGGAGGUGUGCACCCUCGGAGCCCUUCACGGACGACUGGCUGCAGCCUGGCUUCGACGACUCGGAGUGGGACCCUGUCCGCGUCGUCGACGGCUUCCCUUGGCAGCCCAACCCCUCGGCGGGCAUGAGCCCCGAGUCCUCCUGGGUCUGGGCUCAGAGCGGGAUCCAGACCUUCUGCCGGCUGGAGGUCCCGAACCCCGUGUACGGGGCCAAGCAGUUCUUUGAGAUUGCAUAG